AUGGGGAAAGGAGAAGUGUUUGGCAAACUUUAUCAAAAGGGAAUUCGGUUUGUUGCAGACCCAUCUGCAGCCUUUACUGUUACGUGUCCUUCCACAUCAGCUGCUCCUGCUCCUGCCUUGGAGGACCGGAUUCGCAGCGGAAGCUUCACAGAUACAGCAAUGAAUGCUUAUAAAAAUGUAGUAGGAGGAUAUUUUGAUGAAUUCAAUUCAUUUGCUAAAAUUGUAAAAGUUUAA